AUGGAACAAGGGAAAAGGAGAACCGGGAAGGAUCGAUUAUUUUGCCACAUACAAAUUAUUCCCGCCAACAUUUUCAUACUUUUUUUGUUUCUCACUUUAAGUUUAAUUACAAUUUGUUUCAUAAAAUUUUACUUCUUUAUUUUCUUUGUGCAAGCGAGACAGGUUUGUGAUCGAGGAAAGCUGUGACUCCCAUGAAAAAGCAGACGGCGAAGGCCGGUGAAGCUCCCAGGAAGCUCAAAGUGGGGGCAGGUCAGACUCAAGUUGGUAAAUCCGCUAGCAAAAAUAGGGGACCAUAUCGCAAAUCAGCAGGAAAUGGUGAAAAACUUUUGGUCGAAAACAACAAACAUUUUUCACUGUUUGGAUCAGCUGUUGCAUCAGGACCAGUCCAUUUAAAUGAUGGUAAAUGUCCUUCAGAAACAAAAAAGCCUGAGAAAUAUCCAGAACAAGCUCUUUCUGGAAAGAUCAAGCUGCAGCUUUUUCCUUUUAAUGAAGUUACUCAAAUGGGAUUGGAAAAGGACGGGUAUCAUCCAUACUUGGAGCUCACUUUAAAUGCUCGGAAAAAAAUUUCUUCUGUGCUUAAGCAUCUAAAUCAAAAGUGGGGCAGUUCAAGCAUUGCUACUAAGGAUCCCUUUCUAUUGCCGUACAAUCUGUGUCAAGACUUAGCUAGCUGCAGAUGGACAUUGAACGACAUAAGUGUCAGUGCAGGAGAUGUCUAUGCAGCUAUUGGAAGACCUUCUGAAUUCCGCUUAAGGUAUGGCUGGCUCUCCAAUUGUCAAAAUGAAUCCUCUGAAGUGCCAUCAAUGUCAACUUCAUUUGAGACUUUUUUACAACCUGAAGGCAUGCAGAAAGUGUGCCGUUAUAAUGAUGAAAGUACUCGUGCUAAGGAGAAACAAACUGAGGAAACAAGUAAAGAGUUUAGACCAACCUUUGUCGGUGGAGCAACAGAUGUGAGUGUAGCAGAUAAGUUCCCUUCCAUUGGCAUAGUUGAAACCAUGUGUAAUGACGGGAAAGUGCAUGUUGGAGUAGGGCAGUCGUCACUGUGGGAUGAUUCUCUAACUAACAUAAGCAUUGGAGGCCUGCUAUCUGAAGCAUCACUGCAGGGCCAAUUUGGAACUUAUGAUCCAAAAUCAGAUGGAAGCAAUGCAGGCUUACACCCAUCUCAGUUAAUUUCUGAUUCACUUGAUGCUUUUAUCACGUCCCAUGUAAAUCAUUCCCAAGCUCCAAGGCUGCCUCAUGGUACAAGUUCGUCCAUUUUGGAUGCAGAAGAUACUUGCCAUGCCUUUGCAUUUCAGAAGUUCUCUUCCUUGGGUAAAGAGGCUGUUGCUGCAGGUGGAAGUGCUUCUUCUCAUGCCCCCAACCAAGAUGCUGUUUCCAGAUUACUUAAAGAUCCAAAUAUUAACGAGGUCAACAACCAAUCUGGCCUUCCACAAAGCCAUGGUUGUCAAGAAUCUGAAACUCCCUUGCCAUUUUAUUCUCGAUUGUACAAUGACGAAAGCAGCCUUGGGCUAUCUGGGAUCAAAUGGACGGAUUCUUCAGGACCCUUUGAUCUUGGUCUUUCUUCUUCCAGAAAGAUUAUUAACGGUGACAGUUUAAGCUUCAACAGAACUAUCAGCUAGCUGUCUGAUCCAGUUUCAACCUUUUUGGAGUUUGAACAAUCUCUUAAUCUGGAAGUGGGAAUGUACAGAACAAGGAAGCCGUAAGGAAUAAACUAAUACAUGAUUACUGGGUAAUUAUCAUAGACGAUGAAUAUAUAUAGUCUGACAUAUUUGUUUAUGUACAAUUAGUUAUAUAGACUGUUUGAUUUAGAAGUUGGAAUAUAAAAUUCUAAAAUGAAACUCUUGGAAGAGUCGUUGUCAGCUGCAAAAUUUUAUCUAAGAGCCGUAAUAGCUAUAUCUGACUCAAAGAGGUUCAUAGGGUGGAUGCAAGUGAAAGAAACGUCAGGAAAGAUUAUGUUUCGAUGUUCUUCAGAUCCAAAUUUUGAGAUCUAUAUGGGGAAUGUUGAGCGUGUAAUUGUCAAUUUUUUUAUUACGGCAUGCACAUUAGUGGUCUUGAGGGUUGUUCGUGUAAUAAGCACAAUGAUGUUAUUGUUGCGAUAUUUGUUUUGUUU